AUGGCGUCGUUGAAUCUUAACCCAAACCCGUUAUUCAAACCGUCAUCUUUCCCCGUCGGUUGGAAUAAUAACCCGUUAUUCAAACCUUCAUCUUUCCCCGUCAGUUGGAAGAAUAAGAAGAAUAAGAGCUCUUUGGAAUCCCACAACCAACGAAAUCAAAAUCCUUCCUCCAUCUCCCGCAACCUUGGACCCGGGUAUGUGAAGACAAUCCACAAUUAUUUUGGUUUCGCCUAUGAUUCCACAUCUAACGACUACAAGGUGAUAAGAUUUCUGCGAAGAUCUGAUGAUUCGAGUUGCUCCCUUGCCUUGGCCGAAUUAUAUUCUCUCAAGACUAACUCAUGGAAACGAGUCGACUUUCGACCUUACAGCUUCCAUCCGUGGGGUGAUCCAUUCGCAAAAAUUAACGCAAAUGGCACUUAUUACUGGUUAAACAACGUAGACCACAAUUUUAUCCAGUCUUUUAACUUUGCUACCGAGAAGUUUGAUUCAUAUCGUGUUCCUAUGCCCCCGAGCGACAUGUUUAAGAGACAUAAAUUUGGACCUAAAUUUUGUCGUAAGAAGCUCGUUGAAUAUCGAGGCUCGAUCGGUUUUUUGGCUAAGACAUCUAAGUUCAUAGGCGACGUGAAUUAUAGUGUUUUUGAACUUUGGGUGUGGGACGACGCCAGUUUGUUGUGGCGCCUAGAGUCCACGUUUCUCGUCAAUAAGAUGCGUAGUUUUAUGGGCCUCUUUGAGAAUGAUAAGUUGUUUUAUCUACGAUUCUCGCUGCAUUCGUUGAUCCUCGUCUCCGACAUGGUGAGGAUUUCGUGGGCAGGGGCGGAGCCAGGAUUUAAUAUCUACCCGGGCUAA